AUGAAUUCUCGCUGUCAAGUAGAUUUAAUUGACAUGCAAAGUGAACCAGACCAAGAAUUUCGUUUCAUCCUAAACUAUCAGGAUCAUUUAACAAAAUUCACCGUACUACGAGCAUUGAAAACAAAGACAGCUGAAGAAGUUGCCUAUCAUUUAUUAGAUAUUUUCUGUUUAUUGGGCGCACCUAUGAUUCUACAAAGCGACAAUGGUAGAGAAUUUGCAAACCGUAUAAUCAAAAAUCUUGCUGAAAUGUGGACCGGAUUAAAGCUGGUCCAUAGAAAACCUCGCCACUCGCAGAGUCAAGGGUCCGUAGAGAGAUCAAAUCAAGAUGUAAGGGACAUGCUGGUUACAUGGUUAGCCGAUCAACACACAACAAAAUGGUCUGAGAGGUAG